AUGGAGCCAGAAAGGCAUUCCCUGUACUAUGUGUACACGGCCCUGUCACAGCAAAUCUCUGCUCCUGGCAUCUACGAGUUCACUGCCAUGGGUUUGCUAGACGACAGAAUCAUUGACUACUACAACAGCAUGGGCAAGGUCAAGGUUCCUCGGCAGGAUUGGAUGAAAGCAAAGCUCCCCGCAGACUACUGGCAGAAAGGGUCCUUGUCUCGCAAGAAUAAAGAGCAGAGGUUCAAACUCAACCUCAACACCCUGAUGGAACGCAUGAGAGACAACGCAAGUGAUAUCCAUUCCCUGAUGUGGAGAGUUGGCUGUGAGGCUGUCAAAAGGCCAGAUGGUUCUCUACAGUUUGUCAAGGGUGUUAAUGAAUACAGCUACGAUGGCAGAGAUUUCCUUUCCUUUGAUGACAACUCGAUGCAGUGGGUGGCACCAGUCAAUGCUGCUCUGCAGACGAAACACAAGUGGGACGGAGUGCCAAUCCUGAACCAGUACACCAAGGGCUACCUGGAGAAGGAGUGUGUGGAGUGGCUGGACAAGUUCCGAACAUAUGGAGACAGUGAACUUACAGAAAGCCAAAAACAUUAUCGCCCGAAGGUUUACCUUUUUGCCAGAAACGGGAGACCUCAUGGUAGAUACCAGUUGACCUGCUUGGCCACAGGCUUCUACCCAAAGGACAUCAAGAUCAGCAUCCUGAAGAAUGAUUGGCCUGAGAAGGAUGGCCACCCAAGCGAUAUCUUGCCUAACGGAGAUGGAACCCACCAGAUCAGAGUGACUUUCCUACCGGUGAAAGACGAAAUACACAUGUAUAGAUGUAAAGUGCAUCACUGGACCCUGAACGAAUCCACUAUAGUCGAUUGGAAAACAGAUGGGCAACUUGUAGAUGAGGUUUCCCGCCCGGGCUCCGGCUCCGGCUCUGGCCCGCCAAUUGGUGCCAUUGCUGGUGGUGUCAUAGCACUGCUGCUUAUUGGUGCUGGUCUGGGGAUGAUCUUCUUUGCCAAAAAGAAAAAGAAACUCUGCUUUGGUAAGUUCUGCACAUGA